AGGAAAAUCAAAACAACAAACAAACCUUCUCUUUCAUUCUCUCACAAUUAGGGUUAGCACUUUGAAAAAUUCACUCCGAGUUUAAGGUGUGAUUUUUUUAUUUUUUAUUUGUCAAUUUCUACGUCUUAAUUCGUAUAGACUUGUACAUACUCUUUCUUCAUACUACCUCUCUAGAAAAUAUUUUCUUCAAUCCCUCAUUUCUCUGCUCUUUCCUUCUGUAUAUAUACGUACAUAAACCCCUAGAUCCAAUUUCCUAUUAAAAAAUAUUUAUUAUAAUUAUUGGGUCUGGGAGAAAAACUAUUUGUUUCUUCACAGAAUUGGUUGCUUUUUAGGGAAAACUUCUAGGUUUUCAGAGAAAAUUAUUGCUUGGUUUCUAGAAUAGUUGGUUUCUUUCCACGAAAAAGAAAACGUCUUAAACAAAAAUUUCGAUUUCAGUGAGAGUCUUUCUCGAUCUGUGAAUUCCUUGUCAAAUUGUGAUCUGAAAUCCCAGAAACUUCCGAUCACAAAAAACCGCCCCUUCAUGGCUGUGCCCACAACAAUAGCACUCUACGCUAGUCCACCUAGCAGUGUGUGUUCCACGACGCACCAGAUCAAUGCUCAUGCAUCGUGUGAUUUCGAGUUGAACUCCAGGCCCUCUUCUUCGGCUACGUCCACGGCAUCAUCUUCACAGAAAACGAUCGUUGGUGGAUUGUCUUGUUUGUUCUCGUCGUCGUCCGUCAAACACGCAUCUUCUUCUUCUUCGAGUUUCUCCGGAGGAGGGGAGGACUUGGGGUCUUUAUGGCACGACAGAGGUGAGGAAAUGAAAGAAUUGAGUUUGAGCAGCUCCUUCCGCUAUUCACCGAGUAAAUUCGGCGGUGGGUCUUAUUUGAAAAGGGACCAGAGCCCGGUUUCGGUGCUUCAGGGUCCGUUUUCCUGCAGUUCUAAUGGUGGAGUUGGGUCUGCAAGGAGUCCACCAAUGAGAAUUUCCCGAGAUAAGAACUUUGAUAUCUCCUUCCGAGGAAACGCUAAUGUUUUGUUUAAUGGGUUCAUUAGAAAUGCACUGGGUUCGUGCGUUGAUUAUGAUUCGCCGAGUUCUGAGGCAGACAGUGACGGUUCUAUUGAUAAAGGCUCGUCUUCUUCAGUUAUUGUUGAUGAACUGACGUUUAACAUGGAGGAUAGUUUUGUGGGAGGCAAUGUUGAACCUCGUGCAAAAGAGUUGCUGUUGGGUGCACAAAUGAGGCACAAAAUAUUUUUUGAUGAUUUUGUGAUUAAGGCUUUCCACGAGGCUGAGAAGGCACAUAGAGGGCAGAGGCGUGCAAGUGGUGAUCCUUAUUUGCAACAUUGCGUGGAAACUGCAGUGCUUUUGGCAUUAAUUGGUGCUAACUCCUCCGUGAUUGCUGCGGGUCUUUUACAUGAUGCGCUUGAUGAUUCCUAUUUGACUUAUGAGUAUAUCUUCAGGACAUUUGGAGCAGGGGUUGCUGACUUGGUUGAAGGGGUUUCCAAGCUCAGCCAACUGAGUCAACUUGCUCGUGAGAACAAUACUGCUAGCAGGUCUGUUGAGGCAGAUCGCAUGCACACCAUGUUCCUAGCGAUGGCAGAUGCUAGGGCUGUUCUCAUUAAAUUGGCAGAUCGAUUGCAUAAUAUGAUGACUCUUGAUGCGUUGCCUUUGGUUAAGCAGCAGCGGUUUGCUAAGGAAACUUUAGAAAUUGCACCUUUGGCCAAUCGAUUAGGAAUCUAUAGUUGGAAGGUACAACUAGAAAAUCUGUGUUUCAAGCAUGUCAACCCAGACCAGCACAAAGAACUGUCCUCUAGACUUAUGGAAUCAUCUGAUGAAGCAAUGGUUACCUCUGCUAUAGACAAACUAGAGCAAGCUCUUAAGGAGAAAGGCAUUUCGUAUCACGUUCUAUCUGGAAGGCAUAAAAGCUUGUAUAGCAUCUACUGCAAAAUGUUGAAAAAAAAGCUAACCAUGAAUGAAAUCCAUGAUAUUCACGGAUUACGUUUAAUUGUUGAAAACAAGGAGGACUGUUAUAGUGCUUUAGAAGUUGUACACCAGUUAUGGUCUGAAGUACCUGGAAAGCUUAAGGACUACAUAACUCAUCCCAAGUUCAAUGGGUAUCAGUCUUUGCAUACAGUUGUUAUGGGUGAAGGAAAAGUUCCUCUUGAAGUGCAAAUUCGAACUAAGGAGAUGCAUUUACAAGCGGAGUUUGGAUUUGCAGCUCACUGGAGAUACAAGGAAGGUGACUGCAAGCACUCUUCCUUUGUGGUUCAGAUGGUUGAGUGGGCACGAUGGGUUAUAACCUGGCAUUGUGAAACAAUAAAUAAUGACCAGACUUCUAUUGAUUAUUCUGAUUCCAUCAAGCCACCCUGCAAAUUCCCUUCUCAUUCUGAUGAUUGCCCAUUUUCCUAUAAGCCACACUGUUGUGAGGAUGGACCUGUCUUUGUCAUCAUGAUUGAAAAUGAUAAGAUGUCGGUGCAAGAGCUUCCGGCAGAGUCGACAAUGAUGGAUCUGCUUGCAAGAGUUGGGUGGGGAAGCUCAAAAUGUAGUAUAUAUGGUUUGUCUGUGAAGGAAGAACUAAGGCCAAGGCUGAACCAUGAGCCAGUGAGUGAUCCCACAUGUAAGCUGAAGAUGGGGGAUGUUGUGGAGUUGACUCCUACAAUACCUGAUAAGUCUUUGAUGGAGUACAGGGAAGAGAUUCAGCGCAUGUACAAUCGUGGACUGGCUAUGUCAAGCACUGGUACCCCGAUAAAUAGCACGAUUGGCUGGAGAAGCUGAUAUUCAUCUGUGAUUCAUUACACGGACGACAUUGGAGGCAGUGGGUGGAGAAUUUGACCUUCGUUUGACUCUUGUUUGAUUCUCUUUUAUAGUGGUAGGAUCUAGUGAUAAUUAGUCAUUCUUGUAGAUGCACGAUGCAUUACUUGCUGUACAGAACAGUUCUAUGGUUCUAUUAUGCCAUAAAAAAUGUUACUGAAAGAAAAGCAAAAGGAAAUAAACACGCUAACUAGAUUCAAUGAAGGCUGAAUUAUUUGGUUUCUCAA